UUCCUUCCAUGUCCUUACUUUCCCAAGACUGCGCCCAACAGUCCAUUGUCAUGGUCCCGGAUGCUAUGCAUCAAAGUACGACCUUCCCUAACAGCAUGUGGCCCCAUAAAUGGAGGAUUGGCGUUGCAGCCAGCGAAUCACCUGCGUGCGCCCGCCGCUGAGCAGCGAGGCUGUGACUUGAAUGCAGAAUGCAGCGAGACGCGAUGACAGCCUUCUCACUCUUCUUCGAGAGGCUGCUCACGCUCCCAUCAUUGAACUUGUACCUCUUGUGUUGUACCAAGCGUGUCUUGACCUGCUCAAAGCCUGGACAACAUGUCUUGGGGCUGGGAUGCUGGUCUCGAUGACCUGAAGGACUCCACUGGAAUCUCAAGUCCUGUAAUCGCGCGUCAGAGUGUCAGUGCUAUGAACGGGCAUGGUGAUGCGAGUCCUCGGGUGUCUAUACCGGGUGUGUAUCAAUAUUUCGAGUAUCAUAAGUACCAUACAAACUGCUCACCGCCGCCGGACCUCCAACCGACUACAUACGAUUGGGACUGGUGCGACCGAGGAAGCUCUCAUGUUGAAUUUACGCGGGAGGAGAAGGUUCCGUUGGUCGAAGGAAGGCUUCUGGGGCACGGCGUCCACGGCGGCGUGUAUGAGACUGUAGUUCAAGGCAAAGCAAUCGCCUGGAAACGCAAAUUCACCAGAAGACAACUGGGUGACAGGGAAAGAAAAGAAAUUGACAUUUUGAAGAAAUUGCGGCAUCGUCACAUCAUCCAAUUGGUCGGAACCUAUACGAAAGGGCCUAUCGUUGGACUUUUACUGUACCCGGUCGCUACCUGCGACCUAGCCUCGUUCAUGGAAGAUGUUGACCAUCUGUACCAUGAAGACAGUGACGGACACGACGCUAGUCAGUAUGCCCUAUCCAGACUUCGAAUAUCUCAUCUUCUAUGUGAAGACACGCCUAACCAGGACUCGAUAUCUACUCGACUAUACAACACUAUUGGCUGCACAGCUUCCGCAAUUGCGUACUUGCACGAUAAUAAAAUCAAGCACAAGGACUUGAAACCAGCAAAUAUCCUACUCGGCCAGGACGGCAGGCUUUGGCUGACCGAUUUUGGCACCUCGUCGGACUUCUCGACAGAUGCCGAAAGUGUUACGGAAGGUGGCGAACGUGGCACUCCGAAAUACUUUGCCCCGGAAGUUGCGGCGUACGAGGGUGCUGGUAGGUCGGCGGAAAUGUUCUCCUUUGGAUGCAUCAUCUUGGAGAUUGUCGGUAUCUGUAACGGCUAUUCUUUGAAAGAGUUGGAAGCUCUCAGGCCAGCCAGAGACCGAUCAUUCCAUGCCAAUCUAGAUCAUAUCGUGAACUGGUUCAACGUCAUAGCUCUGAACUCUCUACGAGACACGUUCUUGAUGACUGAUGUGCGGAUGAUGCUGCGUCAUCAGCCACCAUCUCGACCAGGUAUCAAGCACUUGAACGCCAACCUGCAACUACUAGACGAGAUAGUAGGACCUACAAAACUGUGCCAGACUUGUUGCGCCCCAAUCCACAUCUGGUCGAAAUUUGGACAAGUCAAAGAAAUGGAGGACCUAACCAUUACCUACGGGAAUUCGUACGAAGACCGCCCCGGUGAAACCCGGUUCAAGUGGUGUUUCUUCCUGUGGCCAUCUAAUCCAGAUGUCAUUGAUAAAGUAAUAUGUUUUCUGGUAAGCGUCCCACAGUUAAUGUUCAGUCCAUCAUGACAGGCACAAGGGAACCCCACAAGUUGAUUUAUGAUCGCAGCACCCU